AUGGCGAAAAUGAACGUUUGUAUGAUGUUUUUUGUCGUCCUAUUUGCGACGAGUGCAUGGGUCGUCCAUACAUUUGCUGUAGAUGAAAAUGAGCCAAAGAAUUUAUGGGAUAAAUGUGUUGUUCCAAUCAGCCCAAAAUGUGCAUUGGAUAUAAUUGAUCAAGUUUUUGGAAAUGGAACCGUCUCUGAUUCCUGUUGCCGGGAACUUGUCAAAGAAGGAAAAGAAUGUCAUGAUACGCUUAUCAAAUAUAUCGCCAAUAGACCUAGCUUAAGUGCAAGCGAAACCAAGUACUUAAAGAAAAGGGAUGAAUUAUGGGCUCAAUGUGUAUCAGUCUCAAAAACCGUUGAGAUGGUGUAA